GAACCAUUAACCUUGUUACCACUCCUUGCCGCAUCGCGCGACGAGAAUGCUGAACGACUCGUACGCUUGAUGGCUGAGAGUUCAAGCGCCAAGGAAGUGGUAAUGGCUACACAAGAGGUUGUAGAGACAAUAGAAUUGAUGAGCCAAUCAUCAGAGCAAUAUGAUGACGAGCAGGACAGUGCUCCGCCCUUCCAGCAGCUAGCUUGCAUCCUCAUGAUGUCUGCUGUCCUCAUUGUUGUCCUUGCUACAGCGAUCCCUCGCUUACCGAGAAGAAAGCAAACACCAAGUGAGGUGCUACGCCCGCUUUUCGCUGAGCUCGGAUCAGUCGUGUCACAUACAGCCUCUGACGCCAUGCCUUCUGACCACCGAAAACUGAUAACAUCCACUGUGCGAACCGUCUCAAUACUCAAUAGAUGGAUGGCCUCAGAAUCUAGUCAUGACAGUAGUGAGCAUGACAACGUCGUUGAUGUACUGUAUUCUCUCCUCACUACGGUCGUAGAGGCAUGUGCAAACAACAUCGACUCUCAUCUGGCGCAACAGGCAUUCCAGCGGCAAUUUCCCAGACUCGUAGUCCCCUUUUCUGAUGGCGACUCUUCCACACAAUCUGAAGACAUUACUCGUGAACUACAGACUGCCAUUGCAGAUCUUCACCUCACGCCGAGUCGAUUGCAGGCAGAACCUACACUAGGUUCUCUCAUCCUCCUCGCGCACACCCCCUCGUACACCUUCACCACAUCACUUUUAACUGCGUUCUUCGCCGUCAUCCUGAUGGCCCUACAAACGAAUCAUGCACUCGAUGAAGUCCUCGCACUGCUUAUCGACACCAUUGUCCCCUUCCGCGCCUACUCACCAGCAUCCGAUUUCCCGCCUGAUCUCCUCAUUCCCCUCGCACACAUCCUGUCCUCUCUCGCCAGCGUCCACCCGGACUCUGCGACGCGCCAUCACACCUUCCGCCUCCUCGCGUCUAUACUCGCGCUCGCGCCGUCGCCCCUCCGCCUCCAGCUCCUCCACGAGCUCCUCACGGACGAAGAUACAGCACCGCAGAUGCGCGUUGCCGCCAUCGGCCUUGUUAAAGACGCCCUCCUUGAAGCGUUAGCUGCGCCUGCCGGAUCUGAAGAGAGCAGUCGGAACGUGUUUGCAUCACACCUGCUCUUACGCACACUCGGACCCAUCCUGCUGCAGCCGCACCCACCUAGUCUGUUCGAUACUGCGAACCAGCUAGAUCAGCAAGACUUCUUGGAUACGGCAGAGCCCCUUCGCCUGGUAGAGUGCCUUGCGCUUUGCUAUGUCUGGCUACUGCGGGACGUCCAGAACCGGACGGGGCUACGGGAUGCAGACAAUCUAAGGAACGUUGAACACACGUUAUUGGAGCCUCUGCGGAGACAGCUGAGGACCUGGGAUAACGGUAUGGACGGCUCCAUUCUUCUCGGUGGACUGAUGUAA